AUGGCAUCUACACUACGCAUCUGUCGCCCUGCUGGCGCAUCGAACUCGAUCCUCCCACGUGCAGCAGCGGGCUGUCGGCACAUCUCUCACAGCACAAGUGCGAGCGUACGGGCACGCUGCAGCUUGAACUUGAGGAAUCAACAGCCAGUCGCCCCGAACCAGUCCUCGAGGGGGUCCGUCGCCUCCUUCCACACCACACCCUCAGUCCACGCCUCCCGCGCACAGCAGCCCGGCGGCAACCCGGCAGCCACGAGUCUAGGACUCCUCGACGUCCUCGGCAACAUCCCCGCGCCCUCGACGUCGGUCGACAUUUGCAUGUCCUCGGGCUUUGUGCUCAACAGCGGCGCGCGGGUGACGGACGGCUCGGGCAUUAUUCUGAUCGGCGGCGAGGCCUUUCGGUGGCGGCCCUGGGAGCUCUCCCCGUCGGCGUCGGAAGGCAAGCCGCGCCUGCAGAACAAAAAGGGCCAAUACGACGUCCCGCCGCCGAGUCUCAGCCUGUUUGCGCACCUCUGGCCGCGGCCAGACUUGCUGAUUCUGGGCGUAGGACCCGAGAACAGACCGCUGAGCCCCGAGCUGAGGAAAGCCGUAAGCGCCCUGGGCAUACGGGUCGAGGUGCUGGAUACGAGGAACGCGGCUGCUCAGUUUAACCUUUUGGCAACCGAGCGCGGCGUCGAUGAUGUUGCCGCCGCAUUGAUACCCAUUGGUUGGGUCGAGGGCCAGGGAGCGCCUAGCGACGACGAAGGAGAAAUCACACACGAAUAG